UUUAAUUUUUAUUACUUGCAAUUUCUAUAUUUUUUCGAAAACAGUGUCUGAUAAAUAACCAAGUUCUCCCUGUCGCCCUUUUACCACCACCGUAUAAAGGGGGUUUGCGAAAAGAAUAUAGUUCGUGAAUAAAACUAACCCUGUUAAUAUAUGUUAUGCGAAAUAUAUUAUUUCAUAUCGAGUAUUAAGUUCCGUGGACAUGUUUGUUUGUCAUAAUUAAACAUUCCUGUUUAAAAUGAAAACAGAAAUCAUUUUCAAACAGCUAGUAUUUUAUUGGCGUAGGAAUACAUAAACAGUUAGUACUGUGACCAUGUCGAACGAUCAGCUGAGCGCUCUCCAGGUUUACAAAAUCCGCAAAAUUCGAUCAGAUUUUCUCUCAGAUGGACCUGACAAUAGCAACUUCAUCCCUGCAUGACAUAGCUGUGUAAAGACCUUAGACUGAGAUGGCCAGUUCAAGUGAUGUGACAAGUGUGGCCUUGACACAGGAGGAGGAGGACCUUGAAGACCAGACGAUUGAGGUCAUCAGCGGAGGUACUCCGCUGAGAGACAGCCCUGGUGAUGCCCCUAAGGUCCUCACUCUCGUCCAGACACAGAACAUAAUUACUGGACCAACCCCUGCAGGGACAGUUGGUGAAGCUACCCUUGACCUUCAAAUAAGUGAUGCUGAAGAAAUCUUUGUGGAAACAGAGAGCUUCAGGACUGUAAAACAAAAACUGAAGCAGCAUGGCCAUGUCACCAUCUGUGGUGCUUCGGGAGAAGGCAAAACAACAGCAGCUCUCAAGCUUGGUUCUCAGUAUAGAAAAAGGGGGUACAAACUUGCACUUGUGGACAGAAUUGAACAGUUUGACUUGGACAGCUUCUUGAGUUCUUCACCUAGAGUAUUUCUGAUCAUAGAUGAUAUGUUUGGUACUGUUGGAUUAUCGACAAAUGUUUCACAGCUGAAAACAUUUCUCAAUAGGCUUGAUAGACACUUAAAACACUGCAAAAAGUCAACCAAGAAGUGGGAAUCACAAAAAGAACAGCAAGCUAAACCAGGAAGAGAUAAACAUGAAAAUGAAUCAAGUAGAGGUUCUCACCCAAUAAAACCAGCCACAAAGGAUAUUCGUGUUGUCUUCACAUCCAAGACAUACAACUUCCAUGAUGGACUUGAUCAGCUGCAGUAUGAAAGAUUCUCGCUGUUCAAGGGACAAACACUGGUGGAUUUAACCACUCAAGAGAAACACAGAUAUACUCAAGCAGAGAAACAGGCUAUAUUUGAGCACCACAGGGACAUACAUAGAGACCAUUCUGAUGAGGAUAUACCAUACUUCGAACUGUGGGAGAUGGAUUCCGAUAUCUUUGGAUUUCCUCUCACUUGUAAACUUAUUUUUGACUUUUCAUCCAUUUUCCAAAAUACAAAGAAAUUUUUCAAGGAACCACUGUUUUAUCUUAGGCAAGAACUCAGACAAUUACUGAUGGCGAAAACUGAUCGAUCAGCCAUAUUAGUUCUGAUGCUACUAUGUGAAGAUAGGAUAGAUUUGGCCAAGUUGGAAGCAGACGGCAAGGACAAGAAACUGGACAACAUGGUCAGAACUGUUUUAGAGUUGCUGCCGUCAGCUUCACGUUUAGGAAUGUACGAGGCAGCAAAGUGUUUUAGAGGAACAUUCUUUACACGUGGUGAUGCUGUUGGAUUUGCCCAUUCUUCCAUAUAUGAUGCUUGUGCUUGUUCGUUGUAUGACAUCAGUCCAACAUUUGUGCUGACUCACUGCAGUGAUAAUUUCAUAUAUGAACGAGUGCAACCACAUCCUGUGGAGGAAAGCAAAAUUGAUGAUCAUUUCCCCCUAAUAUACGUCUCCGAAAAGUAUUAUGACAUCCUGACUACUCGACUUGCAGAAUCAAUGCAGCAUGGGCAGUUUUCUAAAUCAGUGACACACCCCAUCCUCCGACAAGAAAAGGUGGCUCUUCAACUGCUUGAAAAACUGCACCGUGAUAGAUCCAUGGCCAAGAGUUGGUUUCACAAAAGUGAUAAGGGGAGGUGCUUUUUGUUUUGGGCUGUUCUUGGACACAAUGAAAAAUUUGUCUUAGAAAUCGAAAAUAUAACUGGAGGAGAAUUUACUCAAACAGAGAUCAGAGAAGGCACGAUUGGUUGUGUUAUGAAGAACAACCUGGCAGUACUGAAGUGGCUCUUCUCCAGGACUGAACACCCAUGCACUGAUUUUGCCAUGAACCUGUUGCUUUUGCUGGCUGGUCUUUGUGGGAGCUCUGAAACACUUGUUUAUCUGAUAGAAAAUGGUGCCAAUGUGUUUACCGUUAAUGAAAACAAGAGAAACAUCAUACACAUAGGAUGCAUGUUUGGACAUAAGAAAACACUAACGGUACUGAAAGAACACACCAGCAAAGUCUUUACUGAUGACGUGAAGCAAGGUGUAAUGAACUCUACUGAUGACGAAGGAAGGACUCCACUAAUGAUUGCAGCAGGCAUGGGAUCUUAUGAGUGUUAUCAGGUAUUGCAAUCAAUAUCUAACAAGAAAACCAAAGACAAAUAUGGAAAUGAUUUAUUUCACAUGGCCUGUCAGGGUGGAAACAAGGCUAUAGCACAACAUCUUAUGUCACUUUCUGACAUCAAUACUAGGGGAGCGAACGGACAUACGCCAGUAAUGAUGGCAGCUGUCCAAGGACAUCAAAGUGUGUUUGACCUCCUAGUAUCCAAGCAAGCUGACCUAGCACUGGUGGACGAAGAUGGUAAUAGUGUCCUCCAUCAUGCCUGUGCGGGUGGAAACAAGGCCAUAGUACAACACAUUGUGUCACCUUCUAACAUCAAUACCAGGGGACACAAUGGACACACUCCAGUAAUGUUGGCAGCUGGCCAAGGACAUCAAAGUGUGUUUGACCUCCUAGUAUCCAAGAAAGCUGUCCUGACACUGGUGAACAAGAGUGGUGAUAGUGUCCUUCAUCUUGCCUGUCAGGGUGGUCACAAGGCCAUAGUACAACAUCUUGUGUCACCUUCUAACAUCAAUACCAGGGGACACAAUGGACACACUCCAGUAAUGAUGGCAGCUUUCCAAGGACAUCAAAGUGUGUUUGACCUCCUAGUAUCCAAGAAAGCUGUCCUGACACUGGUGGAUAAAGAUGGUAAUAGUGUCCUUCAUCUUGCCUGUCAGGGUGGUAACAAGGCCAUAGUACAACAUCUUGUGUCACCUUCUAACAUCAAUACCAGGGGACACAAUGGACACACUCCAGUAAUGAUGGCAGCUUUCCAAGGACAUCAAAGUGUGUUUGACCUCCUAGUAUCCAAGCAAGCUGACCUGACACUGGUAGACAAUUAUGGUAAUAGUGUCCUUCAUCUUGCCAGUUUGGGUGGAAACAAGGCCAUAGUACAACACCUUGUGUCACCUUCUAACAUCAAUACUAGAGGACAGAACGGAUAUACAACAGUAAUGAUGGCAGCUGUCAGAGGACAUCAAAGUGUGUUUGACCUCCUAGUAUCCAAGCAAGCUGACCUGACACCUGUGGAGAGAGAUGGUAAUAGUGUCCUUCAUCUUGCCUGUCAGGGUGGUAACAAGGCCAUAGUACAACAUCUUGUGUCACCUUCUAACAUCAAUACCGGGGGAAUAAACGGAUACACUCCACUUGUGAUAGCAGCUCUAUCAGGUCAUGAGAGUGUGUUUGACCUCCUCAUAUCAAGGAAUGCUGACCUGACUCAAUGGAUAGCAAUACUAGUAGUUGAGAUUUUUCUGCCUUCCAUUCGGCCAAGGCGGCAAUAGUAUAAUAACUAUCACAUGCUCACAGUGUUAAACCCAGAUAUUACAAUGAAACACAAUGUUAUCACUCAACGUUGUGAAAGAGGAAUUGUUCAAGAUCUGUUUCUUCUGUGAACUCAUUUGGAAAGUUUUUCUUCAGUUUUUCAAGAUGACUUGGAUGAGGUGAAAAUGAAUAGUUGUGUUUUGUCACAUUGACUUUGACGUCUACAGAAACAUGCAAUUGAUGUUCAUCGAGAGAUGUUUGUUUCACUUGCAGAUAAAUAAUAUUCAUAGUACAGUUUGCUUCGCAUGUUCGAGUGACUUAGUCACAUGGUUUUGUGAAACAAUCUGACCUUGUUUUAUAUGUUUUUAGAAAAUAGCUAUAUAUUUUAUUACAUCAAUGAUUUAUGAUAUGAAUACACCAUGCUUUGUAGAAAAUGGUAAUGUGUUAUGAAUGAAGAUGAUUUAUCCUCAAUUGCUUAUCAUCAUGCUUUUUACACACACCAGGAAGAUAUGUUCUUCCCACGUGUGAUAACUAUUACAAAUCUAUUAAACAUGACAUCCAUCUUCAAUAACCACUACAACACUUUGUACAUACAUGUACUCCAUUAAUACCUUCAAUAUCCUUAGACCUACGAACUAUAUUUAUGUGAAAAUUAUGCAAGGACAUUCUGAAUUUACAAAAUGCUCUUCUUGAUGCUUUAUCUUGUAAUGUAGUUAAGUAUUAUUCAAGUUGUAGCUGAGUCUUGAUACCAUCACAAUUAAAGACAAAAUGUAAAGAUGUAACCUGCUAAUGGCAAUUAUGGCGACGUGUCAUGUGGUGAAUCCUGUGUCUGUGUUCAUCCAUCUUUGCUCAUUUCAACCAAAUGUUGACAACUAGAAAUAUAUAAAGUACAUUGACCAUAUUGUAUGGCGACGUGUCAUGUGGUGAAUCCUGUGUCUGUGUACAUCCAUCUUUGCUCAUUUCAACCAAAUGUUGACAACUAGAAAUAUAUAAAGUACAUUGACCAUAUUGUAUGGCGACGUGUCAUGUGGUGAAUCCUGUGUCUGUGUACAUCCAUCUUUGCUCAUUUCAACCAAAUGUUGACAGCUAGAAAUAUAUAAAGUACAAGACCAGUGUCACCAAGUAUGGCCUUAUUUGAAACAUGUUUACCAACAUUUAAAACAUAUCUGUGACAUCACUCUAUUGUACAAAUGAUCCAUUAUUUUUCAUGAAUUAACAGUCAGUUAGUUAUUCAUGCCUCAAUAUCAUUAUCUUCAAUUAGUCCUGUGAAGAUUCCGAACAGGUCUUCAGAAAUGCUUCCUCGUCUUAAGAGGCAACUAACGAGAUCGGGUGGUCAGGCUCGCUGACUUGGUUGAUACAUGUCAUCAUAUCCCAAUUGCGUAGAUCAAUGCACGUAUCAAUCACUGGAUUGUCAGGUCCAGACUCGAUUAUUUACAGACCGCCGUCACAUAUAGCUGGAAUAUCGCUGAGUUCGGCGUUCAACAACAAUCAAAACAAAAAUAUCUUCAAUAAAUGUCCACUUGGAUUUUUUUUAUUUUGAAACUCAAGUGAAUUUCAAUGUUUUAGGAAACUCUUGCCAGCAUGUUCUGAAGACAUGUUAAAGUCGUCCUCGGCUAUGGCAAUAGUGUGUUGUGUUUCAUAAUUUUGCAUAUAACAAUGUUCAUGUUAAAACCAUGCAUGUGAUUGAUGAAACAUCCGUAUAAGGAUACCUUGUACCAUGAGUUGUAACGACCAGCUGGUAAUGUCGCUUGGUGCAACAGCUUCAGACAACACAUUCCAUGUGCACCAUACAGUAUAAAUACAAUUUCAAAGAAUGAGGGUGUAUUUUUCCUCAAGUUUGUGAAAGUCAAGAAGUAAGGAUGUAUACUCUUCAAAAAAAGAAACUUGACACUGACCUUCAAAAUGUAAUAUAAUGCGAUUGUUUCAAAAUAGGACACAGAAACAAUAAUUGAAACACUG